AUGGCUGUCUGCCACCACCAAGCUCCCUUCAAGCUCUUCUCACCCCUCCCACCACCAAACCCAAAACCCAUCUUCCGAUGCAACCUCUCCCUCCCCUCCCGACCCACCAUCCUCACCGCCGACCCCGAACCCCUCUUCACCUCCGUCAAGACCUUCGCCCCCGCCACCGUCGCCAACCUCGGCCCCGGCUUCGACUUCCUCGGCUGCGCCGUCGACGGCCUCGGCGACUUCGUCUCCCUCACCGUCGACCCCCAAGUCCUCCCCGGCGAGAUCGCCAUCUCCGAGAUCUCCGGCGACCACAACUCCAAGAAGCUGAGCAAGAAUCCCCUCUGGAACUGCGCCGGGAUCGCCGCCAUCGAGGUCAUGAAGAUGCUCGGCGUCCGCAACGUCGGCCUGUCCCUCUCCCUCGAGAAAGGCCUGCCUUUGGGUAGCGGCCUCGGAUCCAGCGCCGCCAGCGCAGCCGCCGCAGCCGUCGCUGUCAACGAGAUUUUCGGCGGGAAAUUAGGUGUGGAGGAGCUGGUCCACGCGGGGCUCAAAUCGGAGGAGAAGGUGUCCGGUUACCACGCCGAUAACAUCGCUCCGGCGUUGAUGGGAGGCUUCGUUCUGAUCCAGAACUAUGAGCCGUUGGAUUUGCUCCGGUUGAGCUUUCCGUUAGAAAAGGAGCUGAUAUUUGUGCUGGUGAGUCCAGACUUCGAAGCUCCGACGAAGAAGAUGAGGGCGGCGCUGCCGACGGAGAUAGGGAUGGCCCACCACGUGUGGAAUUCCAGCCAGGCCGGAGCUCUGGUGGCGGCGGUGCUUCAAGGCGACGUGGCGAGGCUUGGGAAGGCGUUGUCGUCGGAUAAGAUUGUGGAGCCGAAGAGGGCUCCUCUGAUUCCGGGAAUGGAGGCGGUGAAGAAGGCUGCCAUUGAGGCUGGAGCUUUGGGGUGCACUAUCAGCGGGGCUGGGCCCACGGCGGUUGCGGUGACGGACAAUGCCGAGAAGGGGAAGGAAAUUGGAGAGAGGAUGGUGGCCGCUUUCUUGAAAGAUGGGAACUUGAAAGCUGUGGCGAGUGUGAAUAGGCUGGACAGAGUUGGUGCUAGGCUUGUUAGUAGCAUUCCCAGAUGAAGUGGUGGAGUUGUUCUCGGGAUUUGAGUGGUGCUCGUAGGCUUGGUUAUAACAAUGGUGAAGCACUGAAGCUUGGUCUUGUUGUGAAUUUAUUCAUUACAUGGCCUAGGAGAUGAAUCCAGUUCAUGAAAUUGUAAAGAAGCAGCUUUAGACUUUUGGGGUGGUUGCUGAUUCUGGAGGGGAGUUAGGUGGCUCUAUUGGCCCAGAGGUUUGCUGUUUUCAUGUCUUAGCCGGAAUGAGGUGUAUUACUCUUUUGUGAAUUGGAUUUUCAAUUUUCAUUUUGACAACUUUGGUUUUAUGAGUUUUUCAUUGGAGUUUCGGGAAAUUGUUUUCCUCUUCGAGGCAUAUCUGCUGUCAUUGCAAGAUAUUUGAAUAUAAACUAUUUUUAGCUUAGUACAUUGUGUAUCACGUACCCUUAUCAGCCAAAAUAUAUAGUCACACUCCAUAAUUCCUAAUUCAGGAUGUGAAUAUCAGAUAUGAAGGCUUUUCUGUUGCACUUG